AUGAAAGCCAAACCCAACACGUUGGCGGUGCUUCUCUGCAGUCUUUGGACCGCCAGCACCAAGGCUGCACCAACGGUCGACACCACUUAUCCAUACACUGGCCCCGCCGUUCCCGUCGGUGACUGGGUUGAUCCGACUAUCAAUGGCAACGGCAAAGGUUUCCCUCGUCUUGUGGAACCUCCAGCUGUGGCGCCCGCCCAAAAGAACGCAACCAACAACAUCAAUGUCAUCCAACUGUCUUAUUUGCCCAAUGGUAUCAACAUCCAUUAUCAGACGCCCUUCGGUCUGGGGAGAGCUCCAUCCGUCGAAUGGGGAACCAGUCCUGGGAACCUGAACAAUACGGCCAUCGGACAGAGUCGCACAUAUGACCGGACACCUCCCUGUUCUUUGGUAGCCUUCACCCAAUGCAGCCAAUUCUUUCACGAUGUCCAGAUCGAGAAUCUGAAACCCGGGACGACGUAUUACUACAAGAUUCCGGCGGCUAAUGGCACCACGGCUUCUCAAGUCCUAAAUUUCUCCACAGCCCUUGCCGCUGGUGACCCAGCUGAAUUUUCCAUGGCAGUUUUGAACGACAUGGGCUAUACUAACGCUGCCGGCACUUUCAAGCACCUGAUCCAGGCAGUAAACGAGGGAAUCGCUUUUGCCUGGCACGGAGGAGAUUUGAGUUACGCUGACGAUUGGUACUCCGGUAUUCUUCCCUGUGAAAGCGACUGGCCUGUCUGCUACAAUGGUACUUCUACGGAACUUCCUCCUGGAGAUUUCCCUGUGCAGUACAAUACUCCUUUGCCACCAGGCGAAAUCCCGAAUCAAGGUAGUCCUUUGGGGGGUGACAUGAGCGUUCUUUACGAGUCCAACUGGGAUCUUUGGCAGCAAUGGAUCGGGAAAGUCACGACCAAGGUGCCUUACAUGGUCCUCCCUGGAAACCAUGAAGCCACCUGCGCCGAAUUUGAUGGGCCGGGGAAUGUCCUCACUGCCUACCUGGAUGACGACAAAGCCAACGCCACAUCCCCCACGACGAAUCUCACGUACUACAGUUGUCCACCCUCACAGAGAAACUUCACCACCUAUCAACACCGUUUCUAUAUGCCAGGAUCCGAGACAGGUGGUGUUGGUAAUUUCUGGUAUUCAUUCGACUACGGCAUGGUUCAUUUCGUCGCCAUCGAUGGAGAGACCGACUUCCCCAACAGCCCCGAAUGGCCAUUUGCACGUGAUAUCGAAGGCAACGAGACGCACCCCACGGCGUCUCAAACCUUCAUCACCGACAGCGGACCAUUCGGUGCCGUUGAUGGCAGCUAUAGCGAUAACAAAGCUUACCAGCAGUAUCAAUGGCUUGCCAAAGAUCUUGCCCGCGUUGACCGAGAAAAGACUCCUUGGGUCAUUACCAUGAGCCAUCGGCCUAUGUACAGCUCCGAGACUUCGUCGUAUCAGAUGAAUGUCCGCAACGCUUUCGAGGCUCUCUUGCUCGAAAAUGAGGUUGAUAUGUACUUGUCAGGACACAUCCACUGGUACGAACGUCUCUGGCCUCUCGGCACCAACGGUACCAUCGACUCCGCAUCUGUCGUCGACAACAACACUUAUUUCACUAACCCCGGCAAAUCCAUGACCCACAUCAUUAAUGGUAUGGCCGGUAACAUUGAGUCUCAUAGCUUCUUGAGCUCAGAUGAGACCAUUUUGAAUAUUACUGCGGUACUGGACCAGGAACAUUACGGAUUCAGCAAAUUGACAGUCCUGAAUGCCACCGCACUGAAGUGGGAAUUUGUUCGCGGAGACGGAGGUCCGGUUGGGGAUUCGUUCAUGUUGCUGAAGAAAGGGUGCUAUAAUCUUUGA